UUCUUGUGGUUAACAAGAGCAUGAUUUUCCUGCCCUUGUCCAAGAAAACGUCUAAACUCUGCUGAUCAAUUUGUUCCGGGAUCGAAAAUAUUUAUAAAAAAUAAUCUUCAAUUCAAAAUUUAAUGUUUUAAAUAAUAAGUAUUUAAUUUGCUUUAAAUCUUAUGACCAUGUGUUUUGACGGAGCAGAUAGUUUUUUUGAAAUUUUUCGGGGUAAUUUUUUACUCUACACGUUUGCCGUCGUUCCUCUUUUAAUUAUUAUUUCACCUAAAACUCCUGUAUUAGCAGCUCAUGAAUUCACUGUCUAUAGAAUGCAACACUUCGAUUUACACGGAAUUCCUCAUGGUUGUAGAAAUUCCAUUCUAAACAUGGAAGCCAGAACUCUUUACACAACUCCCUACACUCGACGUUGUGUUAUGGCAAGAUUGUCUGAUUUAACAUAUGCUCAUUAUCAAGAAAUUCUUCAUCAGAAUGCUGGUGGCUUACUUAUUAUAAUUCCUAAAACGUUUAAUUCUCUUUCACCUGAUGAACAGCAGUCUUUAAUGACUUUAGAAAAAAAUUUGCUUGAAGAAGAUGUAACAGUACCAGUUUAUUUUACUUAUGAAACAGAGGAGAUAUUAGAUAUUUAUUAUAGUAUGGAACAAACAUCUCCUACUCAACAAAAAACAUCUCGAUCAGCAGCAGAAGAAAUUCCAAGUUCUAUAUUGUCAAGUGGUUAUCAGAUGGUUGUGUCUGGUCCUCCCCCUAAAGAGCAGCUUGAUACACAAGUUAUUAGCAUUCAGGGAAAAUUAUGUGGUUUUGGAGUCGAAGAACAAUUGCCUACUGUUGCCAUAGUUGCUCAUUAUGACGCUUAUGGUGUUGCACCCGCUUUAUCAUUUGGUACUGAUUCAAAUGCCAGUGGAGUAGCUGCCUUACUUGAAUUGGCUAGAAUGUUAUCCCGUUUAUAUACCAAUUCUCGAACUCAUCCUAGAUUCAAUUUACUAUUUCUUCUCUCGGGAGGUGGGAAAUUCAAUUAUCAAGGCACCAAAAAGUGGAUUGAAGAUAACAUUGAUAGUUCAGAUGCUAGUCUACUGCCUGAUGCACUUUAUACAUUGUGUUUAGAUACUAUUGGGAAUGAGGAUAAUUUGUAUUUACAUGUAUCUAAACCACCCAAAGAAGGUAGUCCGGGAGAUGUAUUUUAUAAGGAAUUACAAUUGGCUGCUACUGAAUCGCAGAAGGAUUUAAAUAUCUCAAUGGUCCAUAAAAGAAUAAAUUUAGCCGAUGAACUUCUUUCUUGGGAACAUGAAAGAUUUAGUAUUCGUCGUUUACCUGCUUUUACAUUAUCUCAUUUACAGUCUCCACGUUCUCUACUGCGAACUACCAUAUUAGACUCUAGAGAAAAUGUUGAUGUAGAUAAGCUUGCAAGAAAUGUAAAAGUAAUAGCAGAAGCUCUAGCAAGGCAUAUGUAUAAUAUAAGUGGUGACGUUUUGAGUACAGCAAUUUUUUCAGAAGGUUUGCUGGUUCAAAAAGACUAUUUAAAAGCAUGGAUUGACCUACUAUCCUCCCAGCCUAGAAGUGCACAGUUGCUGGCAUCUGGACACUCUAAACAACCUUUACUAUCAUCCCUAGAACAGGCAAUGUCACGUUAUUUGAAAGAUGUAAAGCAUUCAAUCUUUAAGCCAGAUAAAAGGGAGCCUGAACUAACAUUUUAUGAACCUGCUGUUGCCAUUAUGAAUGCAUAUCGAGUGAAACCUGCCGUUUUUGACUUGUUUCUUGCGUUAAUUAUUGCUAGCUAUUUAGGAGUUGUUUAUCUAUUAAUAACAAACUUUUACAGGUUGGAGAGGAUGAUCAAAUCUUAUUCUGUGUCAACUGUAAAAGUGAACAAAGUAAACUAAGUUUUAUUUAAUUUAGUUUUUCAACAAAUUCUUUUGGAAGAAAGAACAAUAACACGUUAUGCAAAGUAUUUGAUGGACAUGUUGGGCAGAUUGUACAUUACUAUAUUUCUUCCUUAAAUAAACUCUUUGUUUUAAUUUAUAUUUGUUGCAUUUGGUAAAGUAUGAAUUGUUUGAAAUGCCAAAGAACUUUUACUCAAUUAUAUAAUGUUCAUUGCUACUCCGCUUCAAGAUUCCCGAGACAUUUUAUUGCCUGUUUUAAAAUCUGAAAAAUUAAUCUUUAUUAUUUUAUAUUCUGUUAUAAUUAAUUCUAUUGUUAGUGAUAAGAUUUUAAAAUGCCUUAUGAAAAUUCAUUAUUGAUAGAUCUGUUGUAAUUUUGUUAAAUAUAUAUCGGAGAUUCAUUAUUACUAUAAUGGCAAUAAACCAAACUCUAUAGAUAUUUAGAAUUUUGUGAUCUAUAUUUGUAUCAGAAACAUUUUAUACUGGUCAUGGACUAUGAAAGUUUAGAAAACAUUGGUGAAAUUUAAAG